ACUCACAAAUCUUUACUUCUCCAACUGCCCCCUCAAAUAUAAACAAUCUUUCUCCAAUUAUCUCUCCUUUUAUUUAACUCUCCAACUUGAAGUUUUCUCAAUUCAAUCAUUGAAAACGGAAUCAUAAAAUAAUUAACCUUUUCGAACUCUGUCUGUAACUCACUAGAACCGCGGGUUUCUACAUUGAUCCUCAUCUUUUUUUCUCUGGAUCAGUGAUUUUCUUGGGGAAAAAAGGGCAAUUUUUUUAGCACCCCUGUUUCUUCCUCUAUUUUACUAUGUUUUCCUGUUUUUUCUCACCUUUGUUAUCUAAUUUUAUGAAGUUAUAAAUGGAUAGAAUCCAAGAAAAUAACUCUAUGUCUAGCAUAUUUGAUGAAGCCGCUCGAAUUCGAUCUUCAUUAUCUCAACUAAUUUUAACAAGUAGUACAAACACAUUCGAUACGAUUUUUUCUCAUUGCCAAGAAAAUAACCAAAUGGCUAAUAGCCCUGUUUUUGAGCCUUUAGGUACUUCAGUUUACCUCAGACAAAGAGAUUUGCUACACAAAUUCUGUCAAGAAAACAUAGCAAAUAUCCCAAUACCAACAACUUCUAAAACUACCCCUUUUCAAAACUCUUUGUAUACACAGAGUUAUAAGUUUCCAGAGAAGAAAAAACUAUACAGGGGAGUGAGACAGAGGCAUUGGGGAAAAUGGGUUGCUGAGAUAAGACUUCCACAAAACAGAAUGAGAGUUUGGUUAGGUACUUAUGAAACUGCUGAGAUUGCUGCUUAUGCUUAUGACAGAGCAGCCUAUAAGUUUCGUGGCGAAUACGCAAGAUUGAAUUUUCCUAAUCUUAGCGAUCCAAGCAAGUUAGGAUUUGGAGAUGGAGAGAAAAUGAAUGCUGUGAAGAAUGCAGUGGAUGCUAAGAUUCAAGCUAUUUGCCAGAAGGUGAAAAGGGAGAAAGCUAAAAAGGCUGCCAAGAAAAAGAGUGAAAAUGAGAGUAAAGUUAAAGAAACUAUGGAUUCAUCAUCCUCUACUACUACUACGUCUUCUUUGGUUGGUGGUGGUGAUGUUAUAUCACCAAGUGUUUCUGAAGAUGGAUUAUGGAAAAGUGAGGAUUCAACUUGUUCUGUUUUUGGUGAUUGCUUGAAGGAUCCAUUAAUGGAGUCUGAAUUUGAUAGUUGUUCACUUGCAAGAAUGCCUUCUUUUGAUCCUGAAUUGAUAUGGGAAGUUCUUGCUAAUUAGGACUUUCUUAGGGGUUUUGGGGUGGGGAUUUAGUGGUACCAUUUUAUGUUGUGGGAAAUGUAAAUGGUUAAUUUUGAAGAUUUAGCUAUCUAUCUUAUGACUACUACCUUUUUUCAAAGUUAAGCAGUGAUGAAUGUCUUGAGCUUGUCUUGUUUCUUUAUGGGAUGAAUAGACAUAUUUGAGCUCUAUUUACUCCCAAGUAUCUGUAUCAAAUAUGUUGGGGUUCUGCUAUUUUUAAUAAAUAUUAGUGAUUUUUAAACCAGUUU